AAGUCAAAUCGGAGAAUAUUUUGCAGCUGUCCGAAGUCACCUAUUUCCAAGAAUUUACGGCUCCGUCGGUUGCCAUUUUACAUCCGUUCAUAUCUCUCCCUACUCACUUUCCUUCUCUUCUGUAAUCGACCCAUCUUCUCUUCUCUUCUCUUCUUGCUCAGCAAUCAUGAGUGAUGUCUUUGAAGGAUACGAGCGCCAGUACUGCGAGCUCUCUGCAAAUCUCUCACGUAAAUGCAACUCCACCUUUAUUCUUCCCGAUGGAGAGGAGAAGAAGGAGAAGAUCUCUCUGAUAAAAUCUGGGUUGGAUGAUUGUGAUGUUCUGAUUCGGAAAAUGGACCUUGAGGCGAGGAGCCUGCAGCCGAGUGUGAAGGCUAUGCUUCUUGCUAAAUUAAGGGAAUAUAAGUCUGAUUUGAAUAAGUUGAAGAGGGAAUUUAAGAGAAUAACGUCUGGUAAUGCUGAUCAGGCUUCCCGUGAAGAGUUAUUGGAGGCUGGAAUGGCGGAUGUUCACGCGGUUUCUGCAGAUCAGAGAGAAAGAUUGUCUAUGUCAGUAGAGAGAUUAAACCAGUCUGGUGACAGGAUUAAGGAGAGUAGAAGAACAAUGCUGGAGACUGAAGAGCUUGGUGUUUCAAUUCUUGAAGAUUUGCAUCAACAGCGCCAAACUCUCCUACAUGCUCAUACUAAGCUUCAUGGAGUGGAUGAUGCCAUUGACAAGAGUAAGAAAGUCUUGACAUCUAUGUCAAAAAGAAUAACCAGAAACAAGUGGAUUGUUGGCUCAGUGAUUGCUGCUCUUAUGAUUGUGAUCAUCUUUAUUAUCUCAUUUAAAAUUUCUCAUCACUAACACCCGGGAUUGUUUGGUACCUGUUAUACUUUGUUACUUUUGUGUAUUUUGUAUAUAUUGUUACCUGUCAUCUACUAAACAUCUGCUAUUUGCUGUUCAUGCUGUAUCUUUGAAAUCACAUAUGCUUGCCAUUGUUUUUCU